AUGUUCCAUGUAUUAAAAUGACAACGUUUGUGCCACUAUCACAAGAUACAGAAGGGGCUGUUAGUUCGGCUUCCCUAGGCGACUGGGUUCUGGGAAUCAUCAAAGUCAGAUCUCCUUCCAAGACCGCGUCAUACUACUCCCAACUGCUGGACCAAUUCCAAGAGGUGGACGGCGAACAGGUUAUAAAGGAGGCUUUUCAAUUAUUCGAGCUUCUUUUGAGCGAAAAUAUGAUGAUUUUCGAGUUUCUAGCCGAUGCCAAAGAACACGGGUCUACUCCAAUACAGUCCAUUGACCAAUCGAGCAAAGCUGAGACCGAAGUCAGUGUUAAAUACUUGGACGCAUUGAAGCAGGUCGAAGAGUACUUUACUGUGCUCAUGUAUGUGCUUCAGUUGAGGUUUACAAGCAGUGGACAGAUUGAAAAGGCUGGAAGUCUGCUUUUAGAUGCUAUAAAGAACGGUGACACUUUCAUCGAGCUUAGACUCCGUCUUCUCCAAAUGCUCUACAAUAGUGUGGAGUCUACUUUGCCACUCAGGGCAACUAUAUACGUAUCAAUACUUGAGUUUGCGGCAAAACAUGGAAUCUUCCAUACAUUGGUUGGUAUCGUACUACAUGUUGAGGAGUGGAUGGUCGAAUGGUCGAUUGACAAAAAAUGCAAAAUUCACAUUUUCCACAUAAUUGCACAUGAAUUUGAUAAGCUUGGAAAACAGGAUCUGGCAUAUAAGUUCUGGAAGAAACGCGUUGAGUUUUGCGAUGAACCAGAACUGUUUUCUACAAAGGACAAUAUAGAUGCCACCGUAACAUUUUGCAUACGAAGCUUGAAGUCAGAGGAUACCCUUUACUUUGACCAACUUUUACUUAUGCCAGCGGUAUCACAUCUUCUUUCCACACAAUUUUCUCCACUUGUGGUACUUUUGAAUAUUUUUAUAAAGGGUACAAAUGAAGAUUUGGAGAAAUAUGCAAAGCAACAUGGUACAUUCUUGGAAAGUUUGGAUUUGCCCUUGUCUUUGUUACGUAGCAAGAUGAGUUUGCUCUCUCUUGCUUCUUUAUGUCAAAAUGAAUCUGAAGUCUCAAUCGCAAAGGUUCAGGAGUUACUUGGUAUUUCUGAAGAAGAAGCAGAACACGUUAUUGUAACCGCAAUUACAAAGGGUGUUUUGGAUGCGCUUAUUGACCAAAAAACUAAGCGUGUCAUAAUACGUUCCGUUAUGCACCGUGAGUUCUCCACCGAGGAAUUGAAGGCAUUGCAUGGGCAUUUAUUGCGCUGGAAGAGUUGCCUUGCCGACAUUGCUAGGUGGAGUACGUAAUGGGUAUUCUUAAAAGAUUAUGCAGUUUAAUGAAAUUAGACUUUGCAUGAAAAUGCCGAUUUAAUGAACAAAGUAUGAAAUC